AUGGUGGCCGAAGCAUCCGACCCCCGUCAGCUAUUGACAUGUCAAUCCAUCGUUAACGACGGCAAGGGGCCACCACGGAUUUGCGGCAAUGCCUCGCCACUUAUUAGGUGCCGUGAUUGCAUUGAUUGCAGCACUGUCGAGUGCAACGAAUGCUGCUUGCAACGCCACAAGCGUCUCCCCUUUCACCGAAUCGAGCGAUGGAAUGGGCGAUAUUUUGAAGACUACAGCCUCAACAGUUUGGGCUAUGCGCUUCAUCUAUGCCGCUUUGGCGAUGUGUGUGUCAACCCGAAGCCUGCUCACCCCGACUUCGUUGCAUUCCAUACCAACGGCUACCAUCGCUUGCACGUCAACUUCUGCGGCUGCGGCACGGUUUUGAAGUAUGAACAACUGCUCUCGGUUCGCUUAUUCCCGGCCACGACAACGGAACCGCGAACCGCAUUCACUUUUGACUUCCUGAAUACAUUCCAUCUGCUCACUCUACAAGGCAAGCUUACCCUCCACGAUUAUUAUCAGGCCAUCAUCCGAUGCACCGAUAACAUGAACGAUGGACCCGGCGUAUGGAGGUACCAUGACGCUAUUCUUGCGACGCGUCAGUGGCGGCAUCUCAAGAUGCUCAAGAGAGCAGGAAGGGGGAACGAUCCGACCGGGGUGCACGGUACUCCUGACGGCGGGCUUGUUGUUGAAUGCCCCGCGUGUCCGCAUCCCGAACGUAAUCUCCCUGACGACUGGCGAACAGACCCUCGGCAGUGGCUGUAUACUCAGUUCAUCGGGCUCGAUGCCUGCUUCAAGCUCAAACUCAAGGAUCGUGGCCUCAGCGCUCUGCCUCUAGGCGACGGUCUUGCUUACUAUGUCAAGGAGUCGGAGUACCAGCAGCAUCUAAGUACAUGCUCUGACGAAGUACAAGAGGUACGCCUGCUUGGUAUUCCCUUGUCGCCGCCGUGGCCGACACCUUUUUAUAGGCUGAUAUCGAGCCGUGUGACUCACAUCACCAUGCAGUGA